GCGAGGAAGAGGCAGAGCCCGGGUUUGAGGCCAGGGCCGGCUGCCGCGCCGUCAGAGCCUCGGCCCAGCCCGCCUCGCUCCACAUCCGCAUCCGCCAGGGGAGAGACGGGCUUGCACGGGCGGGACCUGCGGCGGCUCAGAGGCCGGGGCCACACAGCGCCGAGGGAACCUGCAGCCUGCCCUUCCCCCCCCCCCCAGGCCAUGAUUCUGCCACUCAUCACCCUGGCUCUGGUGACAGGGCACGCAGUGGCAGAGACCCGGAUCAUCAAGGGCUACGAGUGCCCCCCGCAUUCCCAGCCCUGGCAGGCGGCCCUGUUCCAGAAGACGCGGCUGCUCUGUGGGGCAACCCUCAUCGCCCCCAGAUGGCUCCUGACCGCCGCCCACUGCCACAAGCCCCGCUACCUGGUGCACCUGGGCGAGCACAACCUGCAGCGCCCGGAUGGCUGUGAGCAGACCCGGACGGCCACGGAGUCCUUCCCGCACCCCGGCUUCAACAACAGCCUCCCCAACAAGGACCACCGCGACGACAUCAUGCUGGUGAAGAUGGCCAGCCCGGCCUUUGUCACCCGCGCCGUGCGGCCCCUCACCCUCUCCAGACACUGCGUCACAGCUGGCACCCGCUGCCUCAUUUCUGGCUGGGGCACCACGUCCAGCCCCCAGUUGCGCCUGCCCCACACCUUGCGAUGCGCCAACAUCUCCAUCAUCGAGCACAGUGAAUGCGAGAGCGCCUACCCAGGCAACAUCACCGACACCAUGCUGUGUGCCAGCGUAGAGGAAGGCGGCAAGGACUCCUGCCAGGGCGACUCAGGGGGCCCCCUGGUAUGCAACGGGUCUCUUCAAGGCAUUAUCUCCUGGGGCCAGGACCCCUGUGCCGUCACCAGAAAGCCAGGCGUCUACACAAAAGUCUGCAGAUACGUGGACUGGAUCCAGGAGACCAUGGAGAACAAUUAGGGCCUCGGCUUGAGCGUCUGACCUGCGUUCAUUCUCCCCACGAGAAGUGCUAAGCCGGGACCCCUAGAGCCGUCCUUGACUUAGAAGCCGCUUCGUCAUCGUUCAGUUCCCGGAAUCAGCGGGAAAUGAGCUCAAACCCUGGCCUGGACUCCCCUGUGACUGUUGGAGGCUGGUUCUUGCAUCUGCCACGAUGUCAAUAAAGACCUGCUC